AACGCAUCUCUGGGAAAGUAUGCUGGAGCAUUAAAGCAAUCAGCAGGUGGAGUAAAGUGGAGCAAUGACAGUAUUGUUAUAUAUUGCUUAUUAAAAAUUAUCAUGCUUUCUCAUCAUAUAAGUAAACUUUUGCGUCGUUCGUAUUCACGUGUAAUUUCGACCUGCCGUGGCUUUGCUUCGACGAACGUUGAAACAGACUCAUUGGAAAGAGAUCCAGCAUCAUUCUUUUUUAAUAAAGAAAUUCAGCAAUAUCUUCAACGAUUGACGACAUUAGACUAUAGUAAAGUCUUUCGGACUCGCAAAGAUGGACAUAAACAAACACCGCCACAAUUUAAAUUCCUAACAGACGAAGAGCUUGAAGAAGCUAAGAAAGCGGCGGAAUAUAAAGCAAAGAGAUAUUUGCAAAUGCCACCAAUGGUAAAACAAAGAUUGGAACCGUCUGCGACGUUAUGUGAAGAUCCUGCACUACAGAGUCACGAUACUGUUAAAUAUGUGUUCACUGAUAUCUCAUUUGGUCUUAAGGAUAGACAAAGAUCAGUAGUAGUUAGAGAUCCGGAUGGCACGUUGAGACACGCCUCUUGGGAAGAACGAGAUAGAAUAAUACAAACCUUUUUACCAAAACCAAAAAGGGAGCUACAAAAACCAAAGAUGUUUGAAGGUGAAUACUUAAAGGAUUUGUUAAAUCGCAAGGAAUAUGAGUUUAUACUGGAUCGUGCGUGUGUGCAAUUUGAGCCGGACAAUCCGGAUUACCAAGCGGUCACCCGAGAAGUCUAUGAACACAUAAAUGCCGAGAAACAUUUCGAUAUCUUGAGGUCUACUCGUCACUUUGGGCCGAUGGUGUUUCACCUAGUGUGGACGAGUAAUAUCGAUAACUUGUUGUACGAGAUGAUCGAGACCAAUCGGAUCGAGGAUGCUGCGCUGCUGAUACGUCUAUAUCACAUGAUUCAUCCUACAACCAAGUCAGCAGUUGAACAGUGCGAGCACGCGGACGAUGUGAACUUCGUUAUGCAUUACGUGCGUCUCGAAUCACUUAAAAGUGAUAAGAUCGAAAAGCUUUUGCAAUCGUACAAAGAAUUGCAACGGGAACGUCAAAUUGUAGCAGAGGGUAUUAAACAGGCACACGGUAUUUCUUCGGAAACGGAUAAAACAUAA